AUGAGUCCAAGAAAGAAAAAAGUCAAACAUUCUCCCACAAAAGAAGAAAAAGAUAAAGAUAAUACUUUAAAGCGGGAAAAUGUUGAAGAAUCACUUGCAAAACGUAUCAAGACUGAAAAACAUAAGGAUGCAGACUUACAGGCUAAAAAGAAGCAGAACUUCAUGGAAGCCUGUAAACAAGUGUCUUGCAAGGCUUACUCUGAUCAUAAUACCAGAUUCUUAGAGACAUAUUUACCUAAUUGUUUGGAAAAUGGUGGUUGCAAUCAUCAUGACAAGAAUGUAGCCACUAUCACUCAAAUGCCACCCCAUAUUGAACAAUCAUUCUCAAUAGAAAUUAAAAAUAAAGCAUGGUUUGAAGCCUUGGAUUUGUGUAGAAUGUACAUAACUCAUGACAAGUAUUUAACACCAGCAGUAUUGCAAGAUAUAGUUGAAAUUAUAUUGAAUGCCCAUCAAGACGAUUAUGAUGACCACUCAUUAUUAGAUGUCAUUAUUAAAGCCCAACAUGUACUAUCUUUACACUUCAGCACACACCCCCCUUGCCAUAUUAAAAGCUUAAGAACAUGUUACAAAGACUUCCUAACAGCACCCAUGAGUCUCAAAGAAAAGACUUUUACAAAUAGAACACAAUUUGAAUGUAGGAAAGGUAUUGUUAAAUAUUGUAUAAAUAGACUAGAAGACGAAAUCAGUGCUGAAAGCAAGGAUGGGCCCUUGGUUGACAAGCAAGGUAAAGUGCCCCUACAUUUGAUGAACACAGUAAGUGCUGCUCAUUGGGAAAAUGAAAAGUUUUUAAUAUAUGAAUGCCUAGACAGGCACCAAAGGAUACAAAGACUGAUGGCUGUCCUUGAAAGUGUGAUAGAAUUAUUGCAGUAUGAUCUAGCCAUUUGGCAUUCAAGAUAUAUCAACAACUUGGGUACCCAUAUUAUGAGGUCACAUAAGCCCCUAUUGGCAUUUGUUCUGUGGUCUGAUAAUACUGUGUACACCGGUGCAGUGACUAACAACUGCAGGCAAAUAAUGAAACUAUUUAUACAUCUUAAUCAUUUAAGAUACCCAGACAACAUGUUGAGGAUAAUAGCAAUGUGGCUAAAUGCAAUGAUUCAAACAUUUUACUUUUGUGAAUCAAACUCAAACAGUGAUUACCCAAAUAUUGGAAAAUAUUGCAAACAAUUUGCAACUGAGUUCCAUAAAAUGAUUACAGGUAUGCCAUGUGACUCUAUCAACAGAAUUUUGGACAGAAUUGAGCCACCAUUUAUGAAACAUCUCAUUGGUAUGACUCACAUCAAGAUAUUGCAGCCCAUCCAAGAUGACUACAUUUCAAAUAUUUUAAUCAAUUUUUUCAAAGAAAAGCAAUGGUCAGCAUUUCCUCCAGACGAAAAUGAAGUGAUUAUUUGUAGACCACUAUUUUUAAAACCUAUCAAGAUAUCUGGAGUGCUCAAUUUUGUAACAAAGAAAUUUUUUACUCAUAAUGCCAAUGUUGAAACUGCUAGCAGUGCCAACAAUGUAGAUUACGCCAAGUUAGAUACAGAAAUUUUAGUUGAUAAGAAAUUAGAUGAUAGGAAAUUAGAUGAUAGCCUGAAUCAUUUUGUCCACACCCUGUAUGUGACAUUGGAAGCUUUUUUGAAUAUUUAUGAUGUACAUGCUGUGCAAGAAAUGUGGAACAGAUUGAAUGAAUCUCCCAUAAAAGAGAAUGACAAUCAAAACAACCCAACUACAUUUCAAGAUGGCAAAUAUAAUGUUACUGCUGAAUUCAUCAAAAAGUACAAAGAUAUAAUGAAGUCUAUGAAGGAAUUACACAAAGUGUUCAAAGAUUUGAAGAGCAGUGGAGAUAUGCCUGAUAUCUUGAACAUUUUUACUAAACUUCUACAUGAUUGA